CGGUUUUGAUUUUCAGUAUCCGUCAAGAUCCAUAUCCAAAUUCGAUAUCUGACAAAAAUAAAUGGAUAUGGAUUUGGUUAAGGCACAUUCGAUUCGAUUAAUAUGAGUUCACUGUGUAGUUUAUUUUUCUCUCUCACAUACAAAAUCGUGGAUACGGUCAUCCCUCCACAAUUGCCAUCCACAUCAAUGGGGGCUCUGAGACUGCCUGCCCUCAGUUCAAUCUUCUUUUCCCCAUCCUCCGCCGCCACUGCGGCCGCCAGAUGCUUUCCGUUACUUUCCCGGUGUCCAUCUCACUUCAGCCAGCCUAGACGGCGUUUCUCCUCGCCCAAUUUUUCGGUACAGAGCAGCCCCGAGAAGGGGAUCCCUUCCGAAACUCAAGACCAUAAGCCCCCCAUAGUCCAGGGUAAGGAAAAGGAACGAGUAAUCACUCCCAGGUCCCAGGACUUCAACGCCUGGUAUUUAGAUGUCAUAGCCAAUGCGGAGCUGGCCGAUUACGGUCCGGUUCGGGGCACUAUGGUUAUCCGGCCCUACGGUUACGCAAUUUGGGAGGCCAUCCAGGAAUACUUAAAUGUGAAAUUUAAGGAAACUGGCCAUAGCAAUAUGUAUUUUCCACAGCUUAUACCAUAUUCCUUCAUUGAGAAAGAAGCGAGCCAUGUUGAAGGAUUUAGUCCUGAAUUAGCUCUUGUAACCAUUGGAGGUGGGAAAGAACUUGAAGAAAAGCUUGUUGUUCGACCUACAAGUGAAACUAUUGUGAAUCAUAUGUUUACUCAGUGGAUUCAUAGUUACCGUGAUCUUCCUCUCAUGAUCAACCAGUGGGCAAAUGUCACAAGAUGGGAGAUGCGUACAAAACCAUUCAUCAGAACACUUGAGUUCCUCUGGCAAGAGGGCCAUACUGCCCAUGCCACUUCAGAUGAGGCCGAAAAAGAGGCAAUGCAGAUGAUUGAUGUCUAUACAAAAUUUGCUUACGAGCAAGCUGCAAUACCUGUUAUUGCAGGUAGAAAAUCAAAAGUGGAGACAUUUGCUGGGGCCUCCAAGACCUACACAAUUGAGGCAAUGAUGGGUGACAAGAAGGCUUUGCAGGCAGGAACUAGCCACAAUCUCGGUCAGAACUUUUCCCGAGCAUUUGGAACUCAGUUCACCGAUGAAAAUGGGCUAAGGCAACAUGUGUGGCAGACAUCUUGGGCAAUCAGCAGUCGGUUUGUGGGUGGUAUUAUUAUGACACAUGGGGAUGAUGCUGGUUUAAUGUUGCCUCCAUGCUUAGCACCAGUACAGGUUAUAAUCAUCCCAAUAUGGAAGAAAGAUGACGAAAAGACAGGAGUUCUUACAACUGCAUCAUCUGUUAAAGAAAUCCUGCAAUCUGCAGGAAUCAAGGUUAAGAUUGAUGGUUCUGAACAGAAGACGCCGGGAUGGAAAUUUAACUUCUAUGAAAUGAAGGGAGUUCCUCUCAGAAUUGAGAUUGGACCUCGAGACGUUUCAAGUAGAAGUGUAGUCAUCGCUAGACGAGAUGUUCCAGGGAAGCAGGGGAAAGCUUUUGGUAUUUCAAUGGAACAGUCAACUCUAGUGUCUUAUGUAAAAACCAAAUUGGCUGAGGUUCAAUCAUCACUUUUGGAAAGAGCUAUAUCUUUUCGAGAUAGUAACAUUGUGGAUGUUUGCUCUUAUAAUGAGCUAAAGGAGGCAAUAUCUCAGGGUAAAUGGGCAAGAGGACCGUGGUCAGCCAGGUAAAGUCCCACCUUCCUUUUCCUAUACUUUGUACUAUCCAAAUCAUCUUGUAGAGCCAUAAAGAAUGUUGUAGCAAGCAAUGGUGUUUUUCUCAAUCCCACCAUGAACACAGGUCGGGAUCCUCUGUCCCCAAACCGUGUCCCAACUCCCUGUCCCACCAAUCAAAAUCUGACACAUAACCCACCCCACUCUAAGCUGAGUUUGUGUUAAAUGAGAAGGUGGGGUGAGUUAUUUGUCAAAUUGUGAUUGGUAGGACAGGGAAUUGGGAUUCGGUUUGGAGGCAAAGGAUCCCGGCCCCAUGAACCCAGAGUCAUAUACUUUAUUUUAUUUAAUGUUAUAGCGACAGCGAUGAAUUAAAAGUGAAAGAAGAAACGGGAGCAACAAUUCGAUGCUUCCCUUUCGAGCAGCCUGAGGGGCCGAAGAAGUGUUUGUUGACUGGUAAUUCGGCACACGAAGUUGCGAUUUUUGCGAAAUCAUAUUAGUAGUUAUGGACCGCCAUUGUCUAUAUUUUUGGGAUUGAAGUUAUUGUGUUGCGUAAGCUGAUACAGCUAGCAGUGUGGUGGCGGUUUGGGGUGGUGGGGGUUGUUUCGGUUUCUAAGUUGAAGGUCAAGAAAUUGGCAGAGGGAAUGAGAUGUAGCGAAUCGUAAUGAGAUUAGAGGUAAGAUGGGAAUGGAUAGAUAGUCUUUAACUAUUUUGGCACAAAAUAUAAUCGAUUCGAUUUAGUCUCACAAGUAUUAAACUAGAUUUUCGACU